AUGGGUGCCAACCCCGAAGAAAAGUCGGUCCUGCCGACGCGCCACCUUACGCCCGGCCGCCGGGACGCCACCCGGGCCGACGACAACGGCGCCGCUGCCGCUACCGGCGCAGGUUGGUGGAAGGUGAAGUUGUUCCGCGGCAUGGUCAACGACAUCCGCCGCCGGGCGCCCUUUUACGUCAGCGACUGGGUCGACGCCUGGGACUACCGCGUGGUGCCGGCCACGGUCUACAUGUAUUUUGCAAACAUCCUGCCAGCCCUGGCCUUCUCCCUCGACAUGUUCACGAGCACGGGCUCGACGUACGGCGUCAACGAGGUCCUGCUGGCCUCCGUUCUCGGCGCCGUCGUGUUUGCUCUGUUGGCGUGCCAGCCCCUGGUCAUCGUCGGCGUCACCGGCCCCAUCACCGUCUUCAAUUACACCGUGUACGACAUCAUGAAACCGACUGGCGUCAAUUACCUUGCUUUUAUGUGCUGGAUCGGGAUAUGGUCCUUGGUGUUCCACUGGAUCCUUGCCAUCACCAACUCGUGCAACUGGCUACGCUACGUGACGCGCUUUCCCUGCGACAUCUUUGGCUUCUAUGUCGCCUUCAUCUACCUCCAGAAGGGCAUCCAGGUGCUUGAUAGGCUGGGCGACGCCGAGCCCUUUUACCUCUCCAUCGUCGCCUCGCUCCUUGUCUUCAUGGUCGCCUACGCCUGCGCCGGGAUUGGCGGCAGCGGUCUGUUCCACCACCACGUGCGUGUCUUUCUCAAGGACUACGGUACGCCUCUCACCCUCAUUUUCUUCACCGGCUUCGUCCACAUCGGAAGGAUGCAGCCUGUUCAUCUGGAGGUGCUGCCGACGGGCAUCGCCUUCAUGCCGACGGCCGACAGGAGCUGGCUCGUCGACUUUUGGAACAUCGGUGUUGGAGACAUCUUCCUGGCCAUCCCGUUCGCCAUCCUGUUGACCAUUCUGUUCUGGUUCGAUCACAACGUCUCUUCUCUCAUCUCACAGGGGACCGAGUUCCCCCUCAAGAAGCCGGCCGGGUUCCACUGGGACUUGUUCCUGCUCGGCCUGACGACGGGCGUCGCCGGAAUCCUAGGCCUGCCGUUUCCGAACGGCCUCAUCCCCCAGGCGCCGUUCCACACCGAAUCCCUGACGGUUAGAAAGUCGCAGGCCGAAUUGGAUGACAAGGGCGAGUUCAAGGGCAGCUAUGUAAUCAAGGCCUCCCACGUCGUUGAGCAACGCGUCUCGAAUCUGGCCCAAGGUCUCCUUACGCUGGGCACGAUGACGGGCCCGCUGCUCGUCGUCCUCCACCUGAUCCCGCACGGCGUGCUGGCGGGGCUCUUCUUCGUCAUGGGUGUUCAGGCGCUCGAGGGCAACGGCAUCACGCUCAAGAUCCUCUUCCUCCUGCGCGAUAAGAGGCUGACGCCGCCGGGGCACCCACUGAAGCAGAUCCGACGGCGGCGCGCCAUCUGGGAGUUCGUCGCCAUCGAGCUCGUCGGGUUCGGCGCAACCUUCGCCAUCACCCAGACGGUUGCGGCGGUCGGCUUCCCGGUGUUCAUCAUGCUCCUCAUUCCCAUUCGUGCCUCACUGCUGCCGCGGUGGUUCUCGGCCGACGAGCUGAACGCGCUCGACGAGCCCACGGCGUCGCCUUUCACCAUGGAGGGCAUCGGUGGGGCGUACGGCAACGCGGACGCGGGCAACGACUCGGAUGGGACGCAGGUGUCUGGAGACAGCGAUGGCAAUGGCGAGGGCAGGCCGGGACCGGGAAACAGUGACGGCGUCUUUGCGCCGGCAGCCGCGCCGGGCAGGAGCCGAGAAGACGUGGCGGAGCUCGGGCAAUCCCAGAGCGUGGAGAGCGCGAACCCCACCACGAGAAGAGGUAGACACGCCGCCACGGCGAACUAA